AUGUCAGAUAAAUACGUCGUGGUUGGGGCAGGAAUCGUGGGUCUCUACACUACCUAUAGUCUGAUCACCAGACUGCACCUCAACCCAGCAGAUGUCACAGUUCUUGCUGAAUAUUUGCCUGGAGACCAGUCUACGUUUUAUACCUCACCAUGGGCUGGUGGAAACUUCUCGUGUAUUUCUCCUGAUGACCCGCAAACGUUGAAGUUUGACAAGUUCACAUACACCAACCUGGCCAAGCUGCAAAAGACAUUAGGUGGUAAAGAGUGUGGAUUGGAUCAAAGAGAGUCUACCGAGUUUUGGGAUUACCAACCUGAGGCGGCGAAGAUCAAGUCAUUGUCUUCAUAUCUACAAGACUGGAAGGUUUUACCGAAAAGUGAGCUUCCAGAUGGGGUUGCAUACGGUAUCAACUAUACCACUUGGAAUUUCAACUGUCCCAACUUCCUGGCCAACUUUAAAAAAUUCCUUGAGUCCAAGGGUGUGACUUUUCAUAGACAAAAACUGACUCACAUCUCUCAAGCCUAUUUGCCAACGACAAAGGUUGUGUUGAACUGUACAGGUAUUGGUGCCCAUGACCUGGGUGGUGUGCAGGAUGGAAAAGUGUACCCUACUAGAGGCCAAGUGGUUGUGAUCAAAGCGCCUCAUAUUAAGGUGAACAAGGUCAGAUGGGGAAGAGACUAUGCCACUUACAUCAUCCCAAGACCAGAGUCUGGAGAUCAGCUCGUUCUGGGAGGUUAUCUGCAAAAGGAUAACUGGACUGGCGAUACCUUUGGUCACGAGACUGAGGAUAUCUUGAGGAGAACUACCGAGCUGCUUCCUGAGAUCCUUGACAGACCUCUGGACAUCGUUAGAAUUGCUGCGGGACUGAGACCCAGCAGACACGGCGGUGUUAGAAUCGAGGCCGAAAAGGUGGAAGACGGCAAGAUCCUGGUCCACAACUACGGUGCCAGUGGAUACGGGUACCAGGCUGGAUUUGGAAUGGCCAAUGAGGCAAUCGACGUGUUGAUCAGAGAGCUCAACAAGGCCAAGUUAUAG